AUGCGCACAGUGCUUCGGAGCUGCGCAGUGCGCCAGACCUACAAAAAACGUCAGAAACCGAGCGGAUCAGUGGAACAUCAGAAGUUGUGCAAAGCCUAUGCGGAGGGACACUGUUCUGCAGGUGGCUUUCUCCAGGAAAGCAAUCAGAAAACUCAGCAUGUGGUGCAAUCAGUCAAGUCCUUCUGUGAGAACUGCGUUUAUGCCCAUGGAGAAGUGCAACUUCGCGUUACAGAUGGGAUCUACAAAACCCAGAUGUGCCACUUCUAUGAACGUGGCAGAUGCUUAAAGGGCGAGCGUUGCAAUCACGCUCAUGGCCCAGAAGACCUGAGGGAACCCAAAUCAAAGGCGGAUCCUUGGGGCCCUCCUGAGGUGGCUACUCCAGGCAGGGCUUGUCCGUCCUAUUCGAAUCUGCAGCAAAUCUCGCAGGCAGGAGCCUUUCCAUACACUCCUCCGCAUGAUUUGCCGAUGCCCUGGAUGUGGUACGGACAAGGCUUGGCGACCCCAGAGUCCUACUACUUUGGUCCUUCUCCACCACUUCAUCCGCUACCGCCAGAAGCGCCCCAAGAGGCCAUUUGGACGGAGGAGCUUCAAGUGGAGCCCUGCGAUCUUACGAAGCGUUUAGCGAGUUUGGAAGCUGUCUGCACCGACUUCACAGCCGAUGUGCGGACGAUCACCGAGGCAGUGCCGAGCCAGCGCCGGAUCCAUCGCAUUUGAGGUGACACCUGAAAUUCGGAAGCAAAAAAGGCGCCGCUGCGUGCGGCAUCGCAGACAUCCUGGAACCAUCCGAUCAGACUCCGGGGCAGGGACUGCGCGACUGCGCGAUCCAUGUAAG